AUGGCAGCAGUAUUUGUUGAUUCAUCACACAUUUUACUUCUGUGCUGCUACAUCUCUCCAAACAACAAGACUCACACGAGAUUCAGUAAAUACAGCUCCAGUGAAGUUACUAGUUCUUCUUAUCCUUCUAGGGUUUCGUUCAAUUCGUUGUCGAGAAGGCGUCAACGACGAAUUUUGUUGUCUGUAAGCGGUCGCGAAAUUGCUGACGUUCGUGUCGCUGAUAAUAGCAACAAUGUUCAUCAUACUCGAUCAGCAUUUGUUGAGAUACCUGUCACUUGCUACCAGAUUCUUGGUAUUCCCGAUAAAUCAGAGAAAGAUGAGAUUGUUAAGUCCAUGAAGCAUCUAAAACUUGCUGAGAUUGAAGAAGGAUACACCAUGGAUACUAUUGUUUCUCGCCAGAAUCUUUUAAUGGAUGUGCGUGAUAAGCUUCUUUUUGAAGCAGACUAUGCUGGUAAUGUAAGGGAAAAAGUUCCACCAAAGUCAUCUCUUCAAAUUCCAUGGUCCUGGUUGCCUGGUGCACUUUCCCUCUUACAAGAGGUUGGAGAAGAGAAGCUUGCUCUAGACAUUGGACGAACAGCACUACAACACCCUGAUUCUAAGCCUUUUGUUCAUGAUUUGCUUUUAUCAAUGGCUCUUGCAGAGUGUGCUAUAGCAAAAGUAAACUUUGAAAAGAACAAGAUUUCCCAAGGAUUUGAAGCUUUAGCUCGUGCUCAGUCUCUUCUCAAAAGCAAACCUUCACUUGAGCAGAUGACAUUGUUAUCUCAGAUUGAAGAAUCUUUGGAAGAGCUUGCUCCUGCAUGUACAUUGGAGUUAUUAGGCAUGCCUCAUACACAAGAAAAUGCUGAGAGGAGAGUAGGGGCAAUUGCAGCCUUGAGGGAACUCUUAAGACAGGGACUGGAUGUGGAAAGUCAAUGCCAAAUAGAAGAUUGGUCAACCUUCUUGAAUCAAGCUUUAAAUAAGCUCAUGGCUGCAGAAAUAGUUGAGCUUCUUACAUGGGAUAGUUUAGCUAAUACACGAAAGAACAAGAAGUCACUCGAGUCACAGAAUCAAAGAGUAGUAGUUGAUGCAAAUUGCCUCUAUACUGUAAUGAUGGCCCAUAUUGCCCUUGGUUUUUCAAGCAAGCAUAUAGAGAUGAUUAAGAAAGCAAAAAGCAUUCUUGAGUGUUUCGUGGCAUCAGAAGGAAUUGCUUUAAAACUUGAAGAAGCCUUUUGCUUGUUUCUACUAGGAGAGGGCGAUGAGGCUGUGGUUAUUGAAAGGCUUCAGCAGGUUGAGUCAAGUUUAAAUUCAACUUCAAGAACAUUGUUAUCACGGAUGGACAUCAAGGAUGCUUCAAAUGCCAAGAAGUUGCUUGAAUCAUGGGUAAAGGAUGCUUUACUUGGCUUGUUUCCAGACACAAGGGAUUGUUCUCCAUCUUUGGAUAACUUUUUUGUUGGUGAAAAGAAGGUUUCUGAAAACAAGAAUAGAAAAAGAUCCCCACAAACAUCACCAGGUGUGCGGUUUCGUGGGCCCAGGAGGGUAUCUAGUUGGGCCCUUAGUGGGCCCAACACGGGAUCACUUACAGAGUCUUCUCAUGGUCUUUGGGGAUCUGCUUGUGAUAAGGGGAAUCAUAUUGCCAAAAUGGUGAUGUCAUUGUGGUCAACGCAAAAGGAAAAAGUCAAGGGUGAUAUCGAAGGUGGAGGUGUAAAAGAUUCUAGCAUGGGUGCGAGUUUAAAUUCAUGUAAGAAGAGAUCAAUGCGUGUGGAAGAAGCUGAAAGUCUUGUUAAACAAUGGCAAACUGUUAAAGCUGAAGCUCUUGGGCCUAAUCAUCAACUUCAUAAUCUUGUUGAUGUUCUUGAUGAGUCGAUGCUUCUUCAGUGGAAGGGUUUAGCUGAGUCAGCAAAAGACAGGUGUUGCUUUUGGAGAUUUGUUUUGCUGCAGUUGACUAUUCUUCAAGCAGACAUUUUGUCAGAUGAAACAGGUAAGGAAAUGGCAGAAAUAGAGGCUCUUGUUGAAGAAGCAGCUGAACUUGUGGACUCAUCUCAUAAAAAGAACCCAAAUUAUUAUAGUACCUACACAAUCCGUUAUUUGCUGAAGAAGCAAGAAGAUGGAUCAUGGAAAUUCUGUGAAGGUGAUGUUGAAAUCCAAUCAUGAUCAUACAUACUCAUUGUUGUCUGGAGCUCUUACAAGUUUUUUCAUUUCUUUGUUCCUUUUUUUUUUUUUUUUAACAUUGAUAGAACAUUGUUGUGGUUUAGUUUAACUAUUUCAGAAAUGUACAAAAAAUUAAUUUUAUU